AUGGCUGCUGUCAUUCUUCAGCGUUAUCGAGAACGCCGAUUACUGAGGAGAAACAGAAUAUUUAGGGACCGAACUCAUCCGUUUGAUGUUUUUGACGAUGAUGUCAUAUUUGCCAAGUUUAGAUUUAGAAGACAGGAAAUUCUAGCAAUCACAGAUGACAUCAGCGUCGAUAUUCUAUUAUCUAAACGGAUGGGUUCAUUGACCCCUCUUCUGCAAGUGCUAAUUACACUUAGAUACUUUGCCAGUGGCAGUUUCCAAGACGUUUGUGGGGAGCUUAUAGGAGUUGACCAGUCAACCGUAAGCCGAACUGUGACAAGAGUCACCGACGUCUUGCUACGUCAGGUACCAAACCAUGUUCGAUUACCCAAUGGAAAAAAACAAGAUGCCAUAAAAACAAAAUUUUAUGACAUGAGUGGAUUUCCAAAUGUGGUUGGAUGCAUCGAUGGGACUCAAGUUCAAAUACAAGCUCCUACGCAGAAUGAACAUGAAUUUGUUAACAGGAAAGGCUACCAUUCCAUCAAUGUUCAGCUGAUGUGUGACGCAGACCUCAUAUUCAUCAACUGUAUUGCGAAAUGGCCUGGAAGUGUACAUGAUUCAAGAAUACUACGAGAGUCAUCUUUAUUCGAAGAUUUUGAGAACAAUAGGCAGCCCAUGAGAGGAAUCAUCUUAGGAGACAGUGGCUAUAUGUUGCGUGACUGGUUGUUAACUCCGAUUUCUAAUCCCACUACACGUCAAGAGAGAAACUACAACUUCAGUCAUAGUUCAACACGUACAGCUAUCGAACGGGCCAUAGGAGUUUUGAAGAGGAGAUGGCACUGUCUUCGCAGAUUUCGUUUGACUCCUGCCAAGGCAUGUAAAGUUAUUGCAGUAUGUGUUAUGCUAAGUAACCGUGCCAGAAGGCUCAACUUAGAUGUCCCAGACACAGACAGUGACAGUGACGAUGAACCUGACUAUGAACCUGACUAUGAACAAGCUUCAGAUGCCCACAUGGAGGAAGUCCUACCUGUAAACAACCCAAUGAUAGAACGUGCCAGGCUUGCUGCUGGAAAAACUGCCAGAGAGAGAUUAAUCAACAAUUAUUUUCACUGA